CGCAUUUCUCCUUCCAUUGGACUGAUUCCCUCUGUUGCAAAUGAUGAGAGAGCCCAUGCACCGACUCAGGAGUAUCGAUUGCGCCGCAAUUUGAUGAUGGAGGAGCUGCAGAAGCGAGUUGAGCAGCUCGAGGGUCAGCUUGCGGAGCUGACCCUUCCAGAUGCCGCCUCAUCGAGUGCCUACACCGACGUGGCCGAGCGGGAGAUCCGCAUGCAGGCGCAAGAACACAUGAGGACACAGGCUCGGUUGGUGGAGGUCCUCACAAGUGACCGAGAUGAAUGGAAGAUGCGGUGUAAGCGGCUUGAGGCGGAGUUGGCCGAGCUGCGUGCAGCGAGUGACCGUCAGCCCGUCGAGCUCAUCCUCGAUGACGGCAGCAAAUACUAUGGCCGCGUCAAGAACGGUCGCCCACACGGCCCCGGCAAGCAGACCGACAUGGACAGGCACAAGAAGAUCUACGAGGGGCAGUGGGCUGAUGAGAAGUAUGACGGCGUCGGUGUGUGUUAUCAUGGCGACGGCGAGACCAAGAAGUACGACGGCCAGUGGACAGCCGGCAAGUACCAUGGUCAGGGCGUCAGCUACGAUCAGAAUGGCACCAAGGAGAAAGAAGGACAAUGGGUAGACGGCAGGAUGCACGGCCAGGGCACCAGCUACCGCGCCAAUGGCAAGAUGGAGUAUCAGGGGCAUUGGGUGAGUGGCAAGUAUGACGGCCAGGGCACCCAGUACGACUCAAGCGGCUCGGAGCUCUACCGGGGCGAAUGGCGGGAGGGACAGAUGCACGGCGAGGGCUGGAUCAGCAGCAUCACGUGGGGAGGCAGCAAAGACACCGGCCCGCUGCUCGACGGCCAGCCUCAUGGCCAGGGGAUCAGCUAUCAUCAAAACGGCAAGAGGGCGUACGAGGGCCAGUGGCGGUGCGGACACAAGCACGGGGAGGGCAUCUCGUAUCACGAUAACGGCGAGAAGGAGUACGAGGGAGGGUGGGAGAAUGGGGAGUGGCACGGCCAGGGCACGGCCAGCUGUCGCUCCCUCGGCCCUGUGUUCGAGGGGCGGUUUGCCAGGGGGACGGCGACAUGUGGGACGUUUUACUCCGGCUGUGUGGCAGAGCAGCAGUGGCGAGCUGGUCAGGCAAUCGACAUACAUGUCGAAUGGGGGCUGCUAGCGGACUGCGGAGGCAUUCCUGACUGGGUGCCCAAUAUAUGACUUUGACCUUCUGGCUGCUCGUGGCUUGGUGUGUGGCCUUUCUGUGAGCCUCUCUGGGAGGAAGGGCGGGGAAUGCUGCUGCUGUCGAUAGUGUGCAUGUGACGUACGUCGAUGAGCCGUUUGUGCCUGUGACGUGCUCCUGCAUGUUUUCGCCGCAAGGAUCUCCCUGUCUUGAAUACCAUGUGUGAAAACACACUGCGUGGCCCAUGAUUGUCGACACUCACCCAUGGGUCAGAGCCCAUCAACGGCCAUCGGUGCGUGCGUGCACUGGUCCAUUGAUAAGUAAAUUGCCC